AUGGGUUUCAAGGAAUUGAUGAUUAGAUCAAAAAAUGAAGUGAAAAAUUGUUCCAAAUUCAAGAACAUUAAAAAGGGUUCUUCUGAAUAUUUGAUUAGAGGACAGUGGAGUAAAGAAGAAGACAGGAAAUUGCUAAGGUUGGUGAAGCAAUAUGGAGUGAGAAAAUGGGCACAAAUAGCUGAGAAAUUGGAGGGCAGAGCUGGAAAACAAUGCCGUGAGAGAUGGCAUAAUCAUUUGCGUCCUGAUAUUAAGAAAGAGAGUUGGACUGAAGAGGAAGAGAGAAUACUCGUAGAAGCUCAUGCAAGAAUUGGUAAUAAAUGGGCAAAGAUAGCAAAAAUCAUUCCUGGAAGAACAGAAAACGCUAUAAAAAAUCAUUGGAAUGCUACAAAAAGAAGGCAGAAUUCAAGGAGAAAGAAAAAACGUCCUAACUCUCGAAAUGGCAAACCUCACUCUUCUAUUCUUCAAGAAUACAUCAAAAGCAAAUAUAACUCGACUACGGUUGCCGCCGUGGUCGUCCCAGAUGACCCUUUGUCCCAUUUCAACCAUUCCUUCUCCGAAUCCUCCGACUCUACCUCCAACCUCUCGUCAACAAUCAUCUCGUCAUCGAUGUACGACGACGAGCUUCUCUUCAUGCAAAACUUCUUUGCCAACUCUGGCGACAUAUUAUCGUUGCUGUCUGACGUAGACGAUGGUGCAACAAUGCGUAAUCAAUCUAUGGUGGAGUUUGGCUCUGUCGACUCCGAACGGAAAGUGGAGAAACCAAAGAUCGGAAACAAUGGAAGCAACGUGGCGACGAGUAGCCACUUGUAUUCUGACAUGUAUUUGUCAAAUAUUUUGAAUGGGACGACGCACAACUCUGACAACGAUGGUGAUGAGAUUCAAAACAUGGUAGAGAUGGCGGAACUACCAACGACGGCGGGCGGCGAGAGCCAAUGGGAGAAUUCUCAACAUGGGAAAAGGGAAAUGGAUUUGAUGGAAAUGUUGUCUUUCCAUUGUCAUUCUUGA